UACACCCGUGCAAACCACAGCUCCAACACAAACAAAUAACAAUUUUUUUUUUUUUUAAACAGCUUCCAUUUCUUCCAUUUGUCACAUCUCUCUCCGCCUCAUAUUAUUAAAGGGAGCUCGAGACAUUAAUUAUUCUGUCUCGGUCUCUCUUGAUCUGCCAAUCUUUACAUCUCCGAGACCUAACAACACACAAAAUAUAGAAAAAUGGGUUGCGGGGAAUCAAAGCUGGCGGUUGCCACCACCAACACCAUCCUCCGCCGCAAGAAAUCGAGUGUUGCCGAUCCUUCCAAGAAGAGCAAAGACAUAGAAAUCGUCCUUGAAAACAAUGACAGCGCCGCAAACUCAUCGGUGCAACACCAACAACAACAUGACCAACAAGAAGAACAAGUCAAGGAGGACAAUGCGAUUGCCAAUAAUGUUGGUGGUGGCGAGACGUCUGCGGUGGCCGAUGAUGUGAAUGUGAAUGUAAAGGACAUAAAGGUAAAUAACAAGGACGGAGAAGAUGGUGGUAAGGAAGUAUUGGAAAAAGGUGACAAAGAAGAGCACGACGGGGCCGCGGGGAGAUUGAUUUCGCAUGGUUCUCCGAAUCGUUUCUUUUCGUCGAGGAAAUUGGAUGAGGAGGGAAUUGACGCGAUUAUUUCUGAGGGACGGUCUGGGACGUCGGACUAUUAUACUCCACGCCAUGGAAGUAAGGGAAACUUGCACUUCAAGGUAGAUGAUGAUAUUGCAGAGGACGAUAACGAAUUAGAUCUGCCGGCUGCAGAAACAAAAGCUCCAGUGGUGGAGACACAAAAUAAGGGUACAGAAGAGCCUGUAAACAAACCGGAGGAGAAUUCGGUGAAGGAAACAGAAGUGGCAGUUACAAUCACUGUUGAAGCCGAAGUGGCUGAAGCCGCUGAACCUGAAGUUUCAAUCCCUGCUGAAGAAGUGAAGAAUUAAUCUGAAUCUACAAAUGCAUGAGUGCAGGAACAAUAUGUGUGUGAUUCCCCAGCCAAGGAUGAGAAGACAAGCUAAGUGCGAAGGGCAGUUAAAUUAGGAAAUCUAAAGCUUCUCACUUAGCUUUUGCGUUUGUAAUUGAUCAAUCACCUAGUUUCUAUAGGUUUUCUGCUGUCCUACAAAGCUGAUCUUGCUAAUAUGCAUAUAACAUGUUACUUGAACAGAGAAUAUGUAGUAGUACGGUCUGUUGUAUU